UUCAUCGCGAUUGACCGAGCUGUUUCGGAUUUGCCACGGAACUGUAAGUACAUCGAUGCCGCAGCACAGUAGCUGAUUGCAGGCUCUUGGUGGCAGUCAGGUAAACACAUCUAUACGAUUGACGUGCGACGCUCAACCUCUCACGUCUCGUUGCCACAGUUUUCCCAUCAGCAUCAAAAUGCCUCGCAGGAGAAGGCACGUAAGGAACCUGACAAAGCGGUUAGAAAACGUGGCAAUAUCCGAUUCGGACGAAGAUCAGGAUGAAAAAACAUUUGGUUGGGUGGACGAUCUGAUUCGCAAUCGUGAUGUCUUGGAGGUGGAUCACAUCCAGCAAUUCUUGGACUUGUUGAGGAAAAGAAAAAUCUCCUGCGAUAACUUAGUUAGAAUUAUUGUGAAAGCCAAGUGUGCAUUGGAAUUUGUACUGAUCAUGGAGAUGGCCGAUGUGACAGCUAAGGUCCUCGAUCAGACGAGAGCGAUUCCGCACAAUGAGUCUCAUCUCCUCGUCGAUUUGGCCAUAAAAUCGAUGUACGCGGAAAAUACCAAGUCAUUGUUGAUGCAUGGUCCUGAUGCAAGCUUUAGACGCUCGAUAUUUAUAUUUAAAAUGGUGGCUUUAAUCAACGAUCCGAACACAAACUUGGCAUCGUUGAAGCAUUACGUCAAGCAGCUAAUGGCCGCUAAUUUCAUUGAUGAUGUUUCCGUGAGAAUUUUGGAAAACACGUUGCAAAAGGGCAGAUCCCAAGCUAUUAGAAUGCUAUUAGAUUGCAACGUAGAUGAACAUCUGACAGCGAAAUACCGAGAAAAUAUACUCGCGCAUCUGUUUGCUAAUAGCAAAGUGGAUGUUAGGGAACUGCUUCAAGGAAAAGUAGUGGACGUGAAUGGUUUGUGUCGUGAUAUGACCCCACUGCACUUCGCCACCCACUAUCACGCUGUUAACAACGUUCGAUACUUGCUAGAAUCUGGCGCCGAUCCGAAUGUCAGAGGUCUGUUCAAAUAUACGCCAUUGUUUUCUCUUGGCAAUCAAAAGUGUGUCGAGUUGUUAUUAGAGUACGGCGCUGACGUGCAAUUGUUGGAUAAUCAAGGUCGUACGGCCAUGGAUCAAUUGGGCGACUUCAGACCGACAUCCAUUAUGUUAGCGAAGUUGGCUCUUUACGAAGCUCAAAGUUUGCCUAUUUUCGAGCAAACAUUGGAUCGCAUAACUGCAGACAUGGUUCUUUCUAGCUAUUUCACACUUUUACGGGACCACGUGAAAUUAAUGAAAAGGUUUAUGAUCUUCGAUGGCUGCUCAGCGCUUGACAUUAUUAUUAGCGAGCCUAAAGAUAUCGCGCAUUAUUUCAAUAAUGAAAACAUUCUUCACAACAAGGUAAAGGAAAGUCGACAGCUUCCGCUACUUUGGUAUUAUCUUACUUUGGCGCAAAGAAACAUGACGAAAGCGUUUAUCAUGAAUAACAAUUUAAGAUGCGCGGCGUUUGAGCAACUUUUGCAGAUUUUCGAGCACGUGAAUUUUAACAUGAACCUCGUUCAAAUGAUCGAGGAUUACUUGACUUACGAAGAUCUAUUAUCUUUUGAAACUAAUUAAAUGAUGACCUCGAUAUUAUUUACGUAAUCAUGUGUUGUUCUGUGUAAUCAUUGCUUUUAUAAAUGACUUUGGCUCAAUGUGAAAUUUGUCAAAAUUGUCUCUGAAAUAAAUUUUACAAAGAUACUUUUCUGUCUGUUUU